GCGAUGGCGGCGGCGGCUUCCCCGCGCCGGGCCGCCCCCGGGCAGGGGCCGGACGGGCCGCGCCGCCAUAUUGGCUGUUGUCCUGUCGGGAGCGGCGGCGGCGCGGGCCGGGCAUGACUCGCAGGCGGAGCAGGGCGGCGGCGGCCGCGGCCGGGGCGCGCAGGGAGCGGGCGGGGGGAGCCGCCCCCCCCGCGCCCCCCCCGGGGCCCGGCCCCGCAGAGCCCCCCGAGGCGGCGCCGGGCAGCAGCGCGGAGCCGGGCAGAGCCCCGCAGGUGCUGCCCACUGCCAACCAGUCUGUGCAGACGUGUUGCUUGCUAUGUCACCGAGAGCGCAAGGACUGGGGAGGCCCAUCUCACAACGGGCUGGUCUCCCCGGGCGAGAGGCUGCCUCCAGACUUCGUGCCAACGCUCGUGCAGAACCUGCUGGGAGAAAUGCCGCUGUGGAUCUGCCAGAGCUGUCGGAAGAGUGUGGAGGAGGAGGAGCGGCGAGCCGUCCAGGAGCAGGCCUUGGCGGUCUCAUUAUCGCACACGUCCUGCAAGUCGCAGUCUUGUGGGGGCGGCUCCCACUCCUCAUCUUCCUCAUCAUCAUCUUCCUCCUCCUCGUGCCACGGGAACUCGGGGGACUGGGAUCCCAGCUCCUUCCUGUCUGCUCACAAACUGUCGGGCCUCUGGAAUUCCCAGCAUGCUAACGGAGCCACGCAAGGCAGCCCCUUGGGGGGGCCCCCUGCUGCACUAGGUGACAAGCACCCCAGCCUCCCGCUGGCUCCGGAGUGCGUCGGCCAGGCUCCCGCUGCGGCACCUGGGCUCAAGGCCUGUCCCUACAGCCACACCGUCCCCCCAGCUUCCAGCGGGGCUGCCCCCGGUUCGCCUCUGCCUACCUCACUCGACUUCUGUAAGACGCUUCCCAAGCAAUUCAAGAGCAUGUGCCGCAGGCCCACCCCGCCAGGUGAGGCCUUCCACUCCUUGGACCAUCACCGGCACCCGGACCUCGCCGCUCCUCCCAACAGCCCCACAGGGCUCCCCUCCCAGCCACCGGCGCUGAUCUCCACCAAGCAGUCACCCGCCCACCUGAACACCUCACCGCAGGCAGCGCCGGUCCCUGCAGCCAGCCCCCACGCAGCCGCUGCCGAGUCCCCUCCUGCUGGCACCCUCUCGCAUGGCCAGGCCUCCUGCAAGAGCCCUCACCUGCCCCCCGCCAACGUGCCGCUUCUGAAGAUGCCACCUCCGCUUUCAGGCUGUGCCCACCCCUGCAAUGGGCACUGCAGCGGCUCCCUGGUGCCACCAGCUGCCCCGCACCAGCUGCCCAGCACUAACAGGGACCCCAUGUGCAAAGGACACAAGUUCCCCAAUGGUACCAGCUGCCACCCGCCACAGUCAUGCGAGGCAGACGAGGGGCUCGGGGAGGAUGAGGACAGCAGCUCCGAGCGCAGCUCCUGCACCUCCUCCUCCACCAACCAGAAAGACGGGAAAUUCUGUGACUGCUGCUACUGUGAGUUCUUCGGCCACAACGCGCCCCCUGCGGCCCCCACGAGCCGGAACUAUGCCGAGAUCCGGGAGAAGCUGCGCUCCCGUCUCACCAAGAGGAAGGAGGAGCUCCCACAGAAGCUGGGCCACAGCAGCAGCUCGGGGGAGCCGGCCGUGGAUCACCGGGACGUGGACGAGCUCCUGGACUACAUCAACAGCUCGGAGCCCAAGCCCCUGAACAGCGCCAAGGCCGCCAAGCGGGCACGGCACAAGCAGAAGAAGAAGGAGAAGGAGAAAGCCCAGCUGGAGGCGGAGGCCCAGAAGCGGGUGGCGCGCGGCCCUCUGGCUGGCCAGGACCGGGAGCUGGCGGAGGAGAAGCUCCUGGAGUGGCCCCAGCUGGAGCUGGAGCGGGUGAACAGCUUCCUCAGCAGCCGGCUGCAGGAGAUCAAGAACACCAUUAAGGACUCCAUCCGCGCCAGCUUCAGCGUCUACGACCUCAACCUGGACGUUGCUGACUUCCCCAAGAAGGCCGCCGUGCUGGAGCAGAAGACUCUGCUGUCCCACCUUAACGGCUCCUCGGGCCUGCAGGAGAUCGAUCUGGAUCUCUCCCCUCUGAGCCUGAGCUCCUCCAAGAACCACAUGCUGCUGCGGAGCGAGCUGGGCCCUCGCUGGGGGGAGGGCCCUGCGGAGGGGCCACCGCAGGCUGAGAACGGGGUGGUGAAGCGCCUGAGCGCGGUGCCCAACCUCUCCCGGAUGAUCUGGGUCCAGUCCCCCCAGCCGACAGACUCUGCCCAGGAGAGCGGCGGGCCUGGCCUGGAGUGCAAGGAGGUGGCGCCGGCCAAGGGUCCAGAGCCGCAGGAGCAGGCACCGGCGGGGGGCAGGCAGAGGAGGAGCAAGCGACAGAGCUGCCAGGCGAGGAAGGGGGAAUGCACCGCGGUGCCCAGCGCCCAGGCCGGGCUGGAGAGUCCCAGCUCGAAGGGGCUGGUGCUGGGAGCCAAGCACCCUUCAAAGCCUGGAGCAGUGCCCACGCUGCGGAGGGGGAGUGGCUGUGUGGAGCCACCGGAGAGCGCCAAGGGGCAGGGCUGGGGCUGCGGCGGCUCCAGGCCCGAGAAGGAGAGGAGCAGCGAGUGGAAAGGCCGGAGGGGCGAGGGCAAAGCAGAGCAGCCGGAGCUGGUGCAGCCACCUCCCCUUGCCGCUGGGGACCAGCAGCCCCUGCACCCCACCACCCUGGGCAGCUCCCCCCAGCCCAAGGGCAAGAGCAGGAAGAGCAGGAGCAGGAUGGAGAAAUCGAACACGUCCAUCGAUGACGUGUUCCUGCCCAAAGACGUGGAUGGGGCAGAGAUGGACGAGACGGACCGAGAAGUAGAGUACUUCAAGAGGUUCUGUCUGGAUUCUGCUAAGCAAACUCGGCAGAAAGUGGCCGUGAACUGGACCAACUUCACCCUGAAGAAAACCACUUCAAGUGCAGCUCAGUGAGGUGUGGGGGGAGCCCCAGUGUGUGCAAGGGGCCCUGUGCCUACCCCCCAGCACCCACAGACACUCGCCUCACUGUGCCCCUCCCCCUGCUGGGGGGCCCCUUUUGUUUUCUCUGUGGGUUCCUCUUCCUGUGAAUGUGGAACCCCUUCCCCCCAGGCCUGUCAGGCCUGCACCUCCCCAGCCAGUCACAGCUCUCGGCGGGGAGGGGGGGGAGGGGGACUCCCUAGCUUAGGCAGCCCCCUCCCCCGCCCAGUCCCUCUAGGGGAUUUUCUCUUCUCCCAGCACUCCGUUGGUGAUGUGCAGGGAGCCUGCCAACGCCAGUGGGCAGCCCCCCCGUGCCAGCCUGGCGCGCAGCCGGGGGAAAGGACCAUGCUGGACCUAAUAAAGAACUUUUUAAUUUUUUAUUUUAUUUAAAAAACCCAACUUUUUUUGUUGUUUUUUCCUGGCUUCCUGGGACACCCUAAGCCCCCCCCCCAGCUCAGCUGCCCUGCCAGCCUGUCACAGGAGAUACCCAGCUUCCUGUAGCGAACAGGCCCUCCAAGCUCCCUGGGGGGGUCCAGCUGACCCACUGUGUCCCAGCCGAGCUGAGGGUUUGGGCCCUAGGCAGGGGCUGCAACUUCCACUCUGCCUAGGGGCUGAGUUCACUCCUCUCCUGGCCUCUCCACCUCCCGUCACUACCCAGCCGCAGGCCCUGAGCGUCUUCCCUGGCUGCGAGGGGCACCCUGCACCUGCUGGGGGAAGCCUCAAUGGGCACCAUAAUGAGCACAUUGCAGCGUCCCAUUAGCCCAGCAGCACCUGCAGAAGGGCCGGGGCCUCCCAGUCUGCAGGCGCGGCUCUCCCAGCAGUGUGGGUGCCUGCAGCAGCCCUCUGCACCCCCUUUGCACCAGUCCACGUGCUCUCUGCUCUCGGGUUCCCAAAGGGCCAUGCCUGGCUGGGGGCAGAGUGCACCCAGAGCAGCACUUCUGGGAGCCAGGGGAGGGACGUGGUUGGUACUAGCUGGGCUGUGCCUCGCUCUCCCUCUGGCCAGCCCUAUGGCCGAGCGGACCUGUGCACGUCAGGCUGCCGGGCCUGCUCAGGGGGCAAUGCCUGUGCCCUGCCCCCAAGUAUAGGGUGAGGUCCUGAUGGGCGUAUUGCCCUGCCCAGGCCUGCUUUGGAUUGAGGGGGAUCGAAAGCAGGGCGUGGGUGCCUCAGCUUGUGGAGCCUGGGGUAAGGGAUGCCCAGGACAGGAGCCGGGGGCUUUCUCUGCCCCAGGGAGCAGCAUGUGCACUCCACCUCCCCUCCCAGCUUGGGCCAAGCAGCACUGGGGCUGGGGGGAAAGAGGGCGCCAGGCAGCCCAGCGGGGUCGAACACAGCCUGAGCUCUGCCACCUACUCCAUGCCGGAUCUUCCUGCCCUGUGCAGAUAACACCAGGGCUCCACCAUGAGGCUCCACCCUCGGCUCUGCGGCUCGCAGGGUUCUGGUGAAUCCCUGGCCUGCCAGGCCCCUGCUUGUACCAUAAUCCCAGCCUAACCCUGGUGUGACAGGUGUCGGAGCCACGGCGGGCCGGGGGCUCUGACUGACCGAGCAGCGCCUCCUAGUCUGUUCUCAGGGUGUGUGCUGAAGGGCAGAGGGAUGGACAGGCAGUGGGUCCCCUUCCCCGCACACGUGCCCGGCGUUCCCCACACCAACCUACCCCCUUAGGGAGCUACAACGGAAACAAACUGCCAAUCUCUGGACCACGAUUUCUGGUGCUACCCGGUCCCCCAGCCUGCAGGUGGCUGGGAAGGUGCCGCUGGCCUUGCCCCGCCUGCAGGGGGAGCGUGCUGUGCAGCCAGCCACGGCCAGACUGGCUUCUCUGGUUUUUUUAAUUAUUUACUUUUGAUACUGUGAAAAUCUUUCAUGCUGAAAGAUAAAAUGCCGUUUGGACACAGA